CCAUUAUAAAAAAAAUCCAUAUUCCAGGUGAAUGUCAUAGGGCGGCUAUAGCCGACACAUCAAUGUGACAGUGGCUAGCAUCAUCUUCAUUCAGCUUCCACCUCUUACUACCAACCGAGGUAGUACAUGUGUGUAAUCCUUCGCUCGAUCGUCGGACAAGCUAUUUAAGCUAUGUCCGGGCGAACGCGCAUGCUUAGUCGGUCGACACAAUUGUAGCUGAUCGUGCGGAACACGGCACCCGGUGCGAGGAUAACCUAAGGUGCAUAUGUGUAGAGCGGCAGGAUUUAUAAACGGACUGUGCGCAUAUGAUGUGAAAAAUGAAGAUAUCUAAUAGUAGUGUUUAAACCGUGUAUGACUUGAUGGUGACAUUGUGAAUGGUUUGUGAAAUUGUCUGUUUGAAAUUAAAAAAAAAACGGACUUCGAAAUAGUUUCUUGUGUGACUGAGAGUGAACUGUGAAUAGUGAUUUGAUAGAAGGACAAUUUGUUGUUUAUAUAAAUACAUAAGCUCGAAUUCCUCAAAAUAGAGCAGACAGAGGUUCAGCAAACAGAGUCCCUUUAAAUAUUCGAAGCAUUGAGUGUUUUUCUCUUGCUCAAAAUGUUAGUAUUUCGAGCGGUCGGACUCCUGCUACUUUUUCAGACAAGUUGUACCGUUGCGCAACUUUUUGGAGAUAGCCAGAAUGCACUAGCACCGGUCAGCGGUAGGCGAAACGUGCUCCGGCAAGGCGAUGGAGCCGUUAGCCACGAUCACACCCACAUCGAGACGAUCGAUGUCAAAUGUGAUCAGCGCAAUGGUAUGCUCGUGACGGUACAGUUCGAGGAUGACUUCCGAGGAGUUAUCUACAGCCAGGGCUACCACAACGAUCCAAAAUGCCGAUACGUGCAGGCGAACCAGGGUGGCAAGCAGUUUACCUUCACCGUACCGUACGACAGGUGCGGCAGCAAACCAUCCUGUGCUGUGUGCGCCUCGGUCGACAAUGUGCUCGUCAUACAGACGGACGAGGAAGUACAGGAGGCCUGGGAUACGGCUCGACGUAUUUCCUGUAGCCAGAGCGAGCAACAGCAAAACACGAUCAUCUUCAAACCGUUCGUCGUCGAUCAGCUAGAAGUGGUCAAUGUGCCUACAUCAACUGGCGGUGUCGAGUGUUGGAUGGACAUCCAGCGCGGCGUCUAUCCGAGCAUUUCGCCCAUCCCGAGCAUUAUCAAAAUCGGGGAGGCACUCAGCGUGCUAGUGUACUUGCGUGAUCCGAAGGGCGAAUACGAUGUGUCGGUGAAGGAUUGUUAUGCGUUUGAUAGUCCGGAUUAUGAUGCAGCAACUACUGCACGUCUUCAGUUAUCUGACAAGAAUGGGUGUUCGCGUAAGAAGAAGCUGUUUGGACUGUGGCAAAAGACGACACAGACUGGCAGUUCGGGCGCUACACUAGUUGUACACAACAGCAUCAAAGCAUUCAAAUUCCCCGACCGCAUGCAGGUGUUCCUUAAGUGUGAUAUUGAAAUUUGUCGCGGCGGUUGUGGACCGCAGGUAUGUGCUGAAGAGAAUCUUAUUAGCACCGUCGAAACUACUACCAGACGUCUAACGCCAACGCGUGGACGACCAACACCAACUACAUCGUUAGCUCCGGCCGUUCCAACACGUGGUCGUCGCCCACCGGUAACGCCUGCUCCACCUCAACCACAAUACACGGUUCCGGUAACUCAGCCUCCACGGCGUGGUACACGUCCUCCACGCCCGGUGGAAACAACACCACCGACGGCUUCACCAAGACGCACGCGUCCACCAAAUACACGUGCGCCUGUGGUGGUACAAACGACGGAAUUUACAUGUUUGCCUGGUUCAACAGACGAUCGCUGCAACGACGUGAUCGUCACGCAACGUCCGGACUGUUCCAGUGGAUCUCGCGAUCCACGCUGUCGCUCUCGUGGCACACGGCCGACACAAACCACGCCCCCAACGACACCGGCACCGCUCCGAUGUUUCCCCGGUUCGACGGAUCCCCGUUGCCCAACCACUUUCCGACCUUCGGUACGACCAACAAGACCAGUACCGUCUCCUGCAGCGCCGCGAUUCUCAACCACAACUGAAGAGGAUGAUGACAGUGUACCAAACUGUCUGCUACGAUCCAACGAUCCACGCUGUGAGGAAGUAUCCAUCUUCUUACCGGUGAUUCCAGGGGACCAGGUUACAACGAAGACACCGAUUGUACCAACUGUACCAUCGGUAACGCCCAGCACAGCUUUAAAUUGUUUCCCAGGCUCAAACGAUCCACGUUGUAGAACGCCCGUACUCCGUUGUCCGCCGGGAACGUCAGAUCCCCGUUGUCCAGGAUUCGUGCGUCCACAGGAACCGAAGGAUACAGCUACAUAUUUACCACCAGUUGACAAACCUAACUGCUAUCCAGGUUCAGCAGACCCACGUUGUCCUCAAACGACUGCUGCUCCACGAUGCUAUCCAGGAUCAAACGAUCCUCGCUGUCCUACGACACCAAGGCCGACACCAACCACACAACCGCCAUUGCGUUGCUACCCUGGUUCUACGGAUCCUCGGUGUCCACAGACUACUCCUCGAGCAAUUCCAACAACGACACCUGCUCCGGUUUGUUAUCCGGGCUCAAAUGAUCCCCGUUGUCCGAAACCAACACCCACGACUCAGCCACCUUUACGAUGCUAUCCAGGGUCGACCGAUCCUCGAUGUCCUCAAACUACCCCUCGCCCAGUGCCUACAACUACACCAGCCCUACGCUGCUACCCAGGAUCGAACGAUCCUAGAUGCCCAACCACUCCUAGACCACCACCAACUACUCAGCCACCACUUCGGUGUUACCCAGGAUCGACCGAUCUUCGUUGCCCGCAAACUACUACACGGCCUGCGCCAACAACCACACCAGCUCCAGUUUGCUAUCCGGGAUCCACUGAUCCACGAUGCCCUCAAACUACUACACGUCCUGUUCCCACAACAACUCCUGCGCCACGUUGCUAUCCAGGAUCUAAUGAUCCUCGAUGCCCAACAACUCCUAGACCAACACCAACUACUCAGCCACCACUACGCUGCUACCCGGGAUCGACCGAUCUUCGCUGUCCUCAAACCACUCCUCGGCCCGUGCCAACGACCACACCAACUCCGGUCUGCUAUCCAGGUUCAACAGAUCCCCGUUGUCCGAAACCAACACCCACAACCCAGCCGCCUCUGCGAUGCUAUCCUGGAUCAACCGAUCUUCGUUGUCCACAAACCACUACUCGUCCAGUGCCAACAACUACACCAGCUCCAGUUUGCUAUCCGGGAUCGACUGAUCCACGAUGCCCUCAAACUACUACACGCCCUGUUCCCACAACAACUCCUGCGCCACGUUGCUAUCCGGGAUCUAAUGAUCCUCGAUGCCCAACAACUCCUAGACCAACACCAACUACUCAGCCACCACUACGCUGCUAUCCAGGAUCGACCGAUCUUCGCUGUCCGCAAACCACUCCUCGGCCCGUGCCAACAACCACACCAGCUCCAGUCUGCUAUCCAGGUUCAACAGAUCCCCGUUGUCCGAAACCAACACCCACGACCCAGCCGCCUCUGCGAUGCUAUCCUGGAUCAACAGAUCUUCGUUGUCCACAAACCACUACUCGUCCAGUGCCAACAACUACACCUGCUCCAAGAUGUUACCCAGGAUCGAAUGAUCCGCGAUGCCCGACCACUCCACGCCCAACCCCAACCACCCAGCCUCCUCUACGCUGCUAUCCGGGAUCCACUGAUCUGCGGUGUCCUCAAACUACAACUCGCCCAGUGCCAACGACAACUCCAGCCCCGCGUUGUUACCCAGGGUCGAAUGAUCCUCGCUGUCCGACCACCCCACGACCGCCACCAUCCACUCAGCCACCACUGCGUUGCUAUCCGGGUUCUACCGAUCUUCGCUGUCCACAGACAACUAUUCGUCCUAGUCCAAAGUGUUAUCCAGGAUCGCUUGACCCCCAAUGUUCUGACAAGCAAGAUUCGGAAACAUAUCUGCCUCCAGUGGAAGUACCAAAGCCAACUACAACUCAGCGUCCAGCAUGCUAUCCAGGGUCGACCGAUCCACGAUGCCCAACGACAGCACGUCCUACGCCUACGACAACGUCGGCUCCCCGUUGCUAUCCAGGUUCGACCGAUCCUCGAUGUCCUCAAACUACCCCUCGCCCAGUGCCUACAACUACACCAGCCCUACGCUGCUACCCAGGAUCGAACGAUCCUAGAUGCCCAACCACUCCUAGACCACCACCAACUACUCAGCCACCACUUCGGUGUUACCCAGGAUCGACCGAUCUUCGUUGCCCGCAAACUACUACUCGGCCUGCGCCAACAACCACACCAGCUCCAGUUUGCUAUCCGGGAUCCACUGAUCCACGAUGCCCUCAAACUACUACACGUCCUGUUCCCACAACAACUCCUGCGCCACGUUGCUAUCCAGGAUCUAAUGAUCCUCGGUGCCCAACAACUCCUAGACCACCACCAACUACUCAACCACCACUACGCUGCUAUCCAGGAUCGACCGAUCUUCGCUGUCCUCAAACCACUCCUCGGCCCGUGCCAACAACUACACCAGCUCCGGUCUGCUAUCCAGGUUCAACAGAUCCCCGUUGUCCGAAACCAACACCCACAACCCAGCCGCCUCUGCGAUGCUAUCCUGGAUCAACCGAUCUUCGUUGUCCACAAACCACUACUCGUCCAGCGCCAACAACGACACCUGCUCCAAGAUGUUACCCAGGAUCGAAUGAUCCGCGUUGCCCGACCACUCCACGCCCAACCCCAACCACCCAGCCUCCUCUGCGCUGCUAUCCGGGAUCCACUGAUCUGCGGUGUCCUCAAACUACAACUCGCCCAGUGCCAACGACAACUCCAGCCCCACGUUGCUACCCAGGUUCGAAUGAUCCUCGAUGCCCAACAACUCCUAGACCACCACCGACUACUCAACCACCACUACGUUGCUACCCAGGGUCUACCGACCUUCGCUGCCCGCAGACUACUCCGCGCCCAGUACCAACCACAACCCCUGCACCCAGAUGCUUCCCAGGAUCAACAGAUCCUCGCUGUCCUACGACACCAAGACCUACUUUGCCACCAACUCAACCACCACUUCGAUGCUACCCAGGAUCGAAUGAUCUACGCUGCCCGCAAACAACACCUCGUUUCGUACCAACAACACGCCAACCGUGCUAUCCCGGCUCCCCAGAUCCUGCGUGUCCGCGACCAUUUGUCACCACCACACCGUCUUCGUGUUACCCAGGCUCACCUGAUCCCAACUGCCCGCAGCCUUAUCGACCAAGUAGCACUAAUCCUCCUGCUACUUAUUUGCCACCAUUCCCUGCAGAAUCUGGUGCCCGCUCAGCGCGACAUCUCAGCCCAGAAACACUGAACGAUAUUAACGCAUUGGCCGAUUCGACGAACACGGAUGUGGCUGCGGUUGGUUCGGUGGCGGUGGAAACUGAAGGUGCUUCAGAUUCAUCCUCGCUGGCCAGUACAACAAGAGCAAAGCGAGAUACUAACCUGGUAAACGAUUUAGAUGGAGAACCGGCUAAGGAAAUCAUUUCCAUUACACUCAACAUUAAGGGUUACCAGUUUGAACAGGAUUCGUAAAGUCGCCGUCAUCUGAUGUUGAAUUGCUAUCUUCUGCUUAAUACUCAUCCGUACCAAUAAACGGAAGCCAAUAUAUUCAACAGCGCAGCGAAAAGACAGAAGGAUUACAUUCAAAUAAUUUCUUCAUCACUUACUGCCGGAUAGGGUCUGCGCGCGUUGAAAUAGAUGUAGCAAUCGUUGUAAAUAAAUUAAAUAAAAUUCUCCCCAAACGUCCAUUCAAUGGGCGAGUAUGGCUAUAAUUAUAAA